AUGCAACAGCGAAGGCAACAUGGAAUCCCACUUGGGCGCCAUACACAGGAUGGGUCCCAACGAGUGCACCGUCCGUGGCUGCGGUCGCCGCUCCUACAGACAGUAUGUAUCAUACUGCAUAGUAUCGCGUCUUGUAUCCGACUUUCGAUUUGCAGCGAUCGCAACAACAAGGACCACAAAGGCCCUCCCGUCCAUGAUGCUCAGUGGCACAAGCCACAAGCCCUGGUCGAAGCCUUGGUAAGAGAGGUCUCGGCUUGUCGCCAGGCCUUUGUUGCCGCCCACGCUCAAGCCCCUGCCGCCGUCGCUCCAGCCCCUGCCGCUGCUGCUCAAGUCCCUGCUGCUGCCGCUCAAGCCCCUUCCGUCGCCGCUUUCCCUCCUCUCGCCGCCCUUGCUAUCUCUGCUCUUCCCGCAGCCGCUCAAGCCCCUGUCAUUGCCGCUCCAUUCCCUGUCGCUGGCCCCUCUGCUCCUCCCACCGCCACUGCUCAAGGUCCAGUCGGUGGUGAUCCCACCAGAGCGUACCUCAACGCCGUCGCGUUGCACGUCUUGGAGGGCUUGAAGCGCCUGACAGUUCUCAGGCCCGAAAAGCCUAUCAAAAUGCUGGGCGAGUAUCUCCUGAGACGUCAUGCCGGCCAGCCUGAUGACCAGGACAACAUCCUCCCUCGUGCCGCUCAGAGCUACACUGGUGACGAGUCCUCCAGAGACUACAAGCACCGCACUGGACUUCCGGCGUACUGCAUGGAGGCAAACAAAUAUCUGGCUCAUUACAAGCCCCAGGAGCCAUUGAAGUGGCUGGGUCAGUGGCUCGUGGCCCGCAGCGCUGAACACGAAAGAUAG